AUGUCGUACAUGGAAACAGGAGACAGUGCUGCUAUCCUAGCCAUUACGACUGCUACUUUGCCUUUGACAGUUGCUACAGUGAACUGCCAGCUGCAAUGGUCCUUGAAGUGGCAGGGACCUUCCACCUCGCUACACUAUAGCAUUUCAUGUCUGAUAAUACGUUUUUUCCAUUUGAACUGCAAUGAUUUACUUUACUUUCAGGUUGGACCCCAAGCAAUCUAUGUGGUUGGUCGAGACGAUGAUGAUGAAUCAAUUGCUGCUGGGAGUGAAGUUAGUGAUGCUGCAAGCUGGGAAACUGUUAAUGAUGAUGAAAUGGAAGUCCUUGAGGAUUCCAGAGAGGAUAUUCAGAGGGAAAACUCAAGCAGUGUUACUUCUGAGGCAGAAGAAAGUGGAGAGAAUGAUUUUGGUAGGGCUGCUGCACUUUCUGUUCCCCUAGCAGCAUUUCGGUUUGUCACUAGACUUGCCAGUGGAAUAUUCUCAAGGGGCCCAAGGAACUUGGAUUCUAUUGACAUGCAGAUAAAAUCUGGGCAUGAACAUCCAUCACCAGUAGUUAAUGAUGAGUCUAGUUCGCAGAGACCUAUUCCCAUUAAUGGUGAUACUUCGGGCAAUAAGAAUGGAAGAUAUGAGGAGGUUGCGUCGGACGCAACUGAAACUCUGGAAGCAUGUGAGACCCUGCAUGACUUGAAAAAGGAAGAUGCUCUUGCAAGUAGUGAUGAUGGGAGUUGCAGUUUGAAACAUUUUGACAUAACUCAAGAUCCAUCAGACCACUAUUUUAUUGGUGCAAAUGGACAGAGUAACAACAGAAAAUGGUUAAAGAAAGUGCAACAAGAUUGGAACAUACUGCAGAAUAACCUUCCUGAGGAAAUCUAUGUACGAGUUUACGAAGAUAGAAUGGAUCUCUUGAGAGCAGUUAUUGUAGGGCCAUAUGGAACCCCUUACCAAGAUGGACUCUUUUUCUUUGAUUUUCACCUUCCGCCAGAAUACCCUGAUGUUCCACCGUCUGCAUACUAUCAUUCUGGUGGCUGGCGAAUUAACCCUAAUUUGUAUGAGGAAGGGAAGGUUUGCCUUAGCCUUCUGAAUACAUGGACAGGCAGAGGAAAUGAAGUAUGGGAUCCAAAAUCCUCUAGCAUACUUCAAGUCCUGGUUUCACUUCAAGGUUUAGUACUCAAUUCUAAGCCUUACUUCAAUGAAGCUGGGUAUGAUAAGCAGAUUGGGACAGCCGAAGGAGAGAAGAAUUCAUUGUCAUACAAUGAGAAUACCUUUUUACUUAACUGCAAGACUAUGAUGUAUCUUAUGAGGAAACCUCCCAAGGAUUUUGAAGUGCUUGUCAAAGAACAUUUUAGGAGAAGGGGCCAUAACAUCCUUAAGGCUUGUGAUGCAUAUAUGAAAGGUUGCUUGAUUGGCUCUUUGACUAGAGAUGCCUCCGUAAGUGAAAAAAGCGGUCAGAAUUCAACCUCUGUGGGUUUCAAGUUGAUGUUAGCCAAGAUAGUGCCAAAGCUUUUCUCGUCACUUAGUGAGGUUGGAGCUGAUUGCGAGGAAUUUAGGCAUCUCAAAGAUUUGUAGCGAAAUUAUGGUGAUAUGAUACAUUACUUCCGUAAAGCCAACUUGGUCUGCUGGCUCUGCCCAACUUUAAAAUAUUUGAAGGUACAAACAAGUGUGGAGGUUGUCAUAUACUGUCAUUAUUUUGAUUUCUACCAUUUAUACCCAUUCAUUUUCCUUUAAAAGAUGAAUUUACUUCUAGGAGCUUGAAGGAACAUAAGUGGUGGGAGUUAUAUUACGUUGAGAGAGAAGCAACUACUGAUAGAGCAGGCUGGAUAUCCUCUUGAUUUUGAUGAGCUGUAAUAGGGGAGGCAAUGUUGGUUACUAACUUGUACACUGUUUACAAUUUUUUAUUUCUUUUAUAUCUGGGAUUAAACGAGCCAAAUGGCAUCGUAUGAUCCAUGCAACCAACGUCCCUUAAUGAGAUACGGCUUUCGUUGUCGUUGUUUUAUAUAUGGGGAGAGGGUGGUGGGAGUCGGAGUUUGAUUUUCACAGGUAUUUUAAAGUUUUGAUUGUCUUGGAUUGGUUGAUUGAUUGAUUUAUCUUCUGUUUCUCAAGAUACCAUGAAUUGAAUAUACUUGAAGAAGCCCCUCCUCUUUUGUAAUGACA